AUGUACUUCAUUGAAAAGUACAAGGAAGCCUCUCUACAAGUGGACAUUGUUCCAAGCCAGGGGGAGAUCAGCGUUGGAGAGUCUAAGUUCUUCUUAUGUCAAGGGGCAGGGGAGGCCAAAUACAAAGACAUUUCCUGGUUUUCCCCUAAUGGCGAGAAGCUGACGCCGAACCAGCAACGCAUCUCAGUGGUGCGAAAUGAUGACUUGUCCUCCACCCUCACCAUCUACAACGCCAACAUUGAUGAUGCUGGCAUCUAUAAAUGUGUUGUCAGUAGCGUGGAGGAGGGAGACUCCGAGGCCACCGUCAAUGUGAAAAUUUUCCAAAAGCUGAUGUUCAAGAAUGCUCCCACUCCUCAGGAAUUCAAGGAAGGGGAUGAUGCUGUGAUUGUGUGUGAUGUGGUCAGCUCACUGCCUCCUACCAUCAUCUGGAAGCACAAAGGCAGGGACGUUAUCCUAAAAAAAGAUGUUCGAUUUAUAGUCCUGUCCAACAACUACCUGCAGAUCCGGGGAAUCAAGAAAACAGAUGAAGGGACAUACCGCUGUGAGGGCCGGAUUUUGGCUCGUGGGGAGAUCAACUUCAAAGAUAUUCAGGUCAUCGUAAAUGUACCUCCUUCUGUGCGCGCCAGGCAGAGCACUAUGAACGCCACUGCCAACCUCAGCCAGUCUGUCACCUUAGCAUGUGAUGCUGAUGGCUUUCCUGAGCCAACCAUGACAUGGACAAAGGAUGGAGAGCCAAUAGAACAGGCUGAUGAUGAAGAGAAAUACAGUUUUAACUACGAUGGGUCCGAGCUCAUCAUCAAGAAGGUGGAUAAGAACGACGAAGCAGAAUACAUCUGCAUCGCUGAGAACAAGGCUGGCGAGCAGGAUGCCACCAUUCAUCUCAAAGUCUUUGCGAAACCCAAAAUCACCUAUGUGGAGAACAAAACAGCCAUGGAGCUGGAGGAUCAGAUUACGCUGACCUGUGAGGCAUCUGGGGACCCAAUCCCUUCCAUCACUUGGAGAACUUCCACACGGAACAUCAGCAAUGAAGAGAAGACCCUGGAUGGGCGCAUCGUAAUUCGUAGCCAUGCCCGGGUGUCGUCCCUGACUCUCAAAGAAAUUCAGUACACAGAUGCCGGAGAAUAUGUAUGCACAGCCAGCAACACCAUCGGGCAGGACUCCCAAGCCAUGUACCUUGAAGUGCAGUAUGCCCCCAAGCUUCAGGGCCCUGUGGCUGUCUAUACCUGGGAAGGCAAUCAAGUGAACAUCACCUGUGAGGUAUUUGCUUACCCCAGUGCUGUCAUCUCCUGGUUCCGGGAUGGACAGCUGCUUCCCAGCUCAAACUACAGCAACAUCAAGAUCUACAACACUCCCUCAGCAAGCUACCUGGAGGUGACACCAGACUCUGAAAAUGACUUUGGGAACUAUAACUGCACUGCUGUGAACCGCAUUGGCCAGGAGUCCUCAGAGUUCAUUCUUGUGCAGGCAGAUACUCCGUCCUCUCCUUCCAUUGACAGAGUGGAACCCUAUUCCAGUACUGCCCAGGUGGAAUUUGAUGAGCCUGAAGCUACCGGCGGGGUGCCCAUCCUCAAGUACAAAGCAGAGUGGAGGGCACUGGGAGAGGGAGAAUGGCAUUCAAGGUUGUAUGAUGCAAAAGAAGCAAAUGUGGAGGGUGUGAUCACUAUUACUGGCCUGAAACCUGAAACAACCUACUCUGUGAGACUGUCUGCAGUCAAUGGCAAGGGUGUGGGUGAGAUCAGCCUGCCAUCCGACUUCAAGACACAGCCAGUUCGCAUCCCUCACUCACCAAGUACUGCUGCACCCACCUCCCGUUUAGCAGAGA